AUGGUGGCGGCGGCUAGGGUUAGGGUUUCGGGGAACCGGGAGCAGGCCUCCGAAUCUGGCGGCGGAGGCACGCGGCGUCCCGGCGAGGAGGCCCAGCAUGGCGGCAUAGCCUCGCGACGGCGCGCAGAGGCGCGGAUAGGCCCGAUCGCGGCAUCGCUGCAUCCCGGCGGGGCAGCCCAAGCUCAAGUGGCCCAGCGUGACGGCACGCAAAGGUGCGGCAGGCCCGGUCGUGGUGUCUCGGUGAGUCCACGUCCCGGCGGGCAUCCUAGCUCAGGCAAGACGACGAUACUGAAGAUACUAGGCGGGAAGCACAUGGUGGAUCCGAGCAUGGUGCGGGUCCUAGGAAGGUCCACCUUCCACGACACGGUGCUCACCUCCUCCAGCGACCUCUCUGCUAUCUCUACGGUGAGGUGA